AAUUUUUUAAUAAUAUGUUUUUUUAAAUAAAAAAAAAGAAGUAUUAACUUAAUAAAUAAAACAUUAACAGGCAACAAAAAUAAACGCUACAAGUUUAACAAGUUUUUUUUUUUGUUUUUUUUUUUUAAAUGCGACAUGUUCUGUAAAUGCGACAGAAAACAUCGAGUAGGAAUGCGGCAAGUGUGCACUGUGCCAACAUAUGGUCAUGCGAAGCAUAAUAGCGAGAUAUGCGCAUAAAAGUACAUGUAAAUAAAAAAGUUUAUAAAAAAUUUAAUAAUAAUUAUAAGGUUCUGCAACAAAAUUAAAUGAUCGAUCGAAUGAUCAGUUCAGUACGGAAUCAAAUGCCAACGGGUUAACAUGGCUGGGUUAACGGAAGGGCAAAUUAUGCAAAAAGUGUGCUUAGCAAUAAUUUUAUGCAACGUAGCUCUUAAGGCGAAGCUUGUAAAUGCCGGAAGCGAUUUCAACGAUUUAGAUAAUUCGGGAAUAUUCCUAAUCGACUUGAAAAGUGCUAAAGAAAGCGCUCUGCAAGACUUGGAAGAUAAUAAAUUUAAACGGCAAACAACUGGAUCAGAUGGGAUAGCGACAUUUGAUACGGAUUUAAUCCGUAGCCUUUUGGAACAGAGCAAUAACAACAAUUUAAUAGCAGCUUCCGCCGUAUCGGAAACACCCGUACCUUUACGGUUAAUGCGUCUCUCUAAGAACAGUGGUCUUCGGCGCUGAUCUUAUCUGCAAGUCCAAAUUGUAUUGUCGAUGAACUUUAGCAAAACUGUGUUAUGAAAUUUAUAAAAAUUUUCUAUGAUCUGUGUGGUUGACUAUUUUUAAUGUCAAUGUCGAUGUAUUCAGUGGAGUGAAAACAGUCUUUGUUUCAUUGGUGAUCGUUCUUACUGUUGUCUUUUUUUUAUUUUUUCUUUUUUUCAUUUUCAUAUUUAUUGGAAUUUCCUUAGUCAUGCUAAUUAAUUUUGUGGAUGUUGUGGAUUGAUCAUUCAAUUUAUAAUACAAAUUUUACAUUUCAAUUGACUCUGGAAUAUUUUCAAGUGUUUAGAAAGACAUUAAUUCAAGCAUGAAAGUUAACAGUUUGCGUCAAGUUUUAAAAUCGCUGUAUUGUUGCGCGCGAACUGAUUCUUGACCAAAUAUUUGGCAAAUUUUUGUACCCAAGAGCUGCGUUGCGUUGAAAAUGAUUUUUUUUCACAUUUUUUUGAAGACUUUUACUAGAGACGGUGUAUGAACACAAAUUCUGAGUAACCUGAAAGGUCACCUUUACAAAAAAAAAAAAAA